AUGAACGUCCUCAAGCUCCAGAGAAAAUAUCCUCAGUUCCAACAGAACGAGAUCUUCUCCCUAUCCGACGCAUUCCGAAGGCUCGAUGUCGACGACAAAGGCUACAUUGACGAAGCCACAGCUAUCAAGGCCACCCAACAAAGUGAGAGACAGCCCUACGAUGUUGUCAGGCAGGCUCUGAAAGAGGUCGACCUUGACUCGUCUCGAAGAGUCGAACUCGAAGACUACGUAGGACUCAUCGCCAAACUUCGCGACUCCUCGCCUGCUCAGAAGCGCUUAUCCACCGGCCCUCCCCCUGUGUCCCCCGCCGGUAUUGUCGCCGACCGCACCGGUGGUCAUGCUCGUAAGGUUAGCCAGGGAACUGGCGGCGGCAGGAUCCAAGUACAGGGAUCGAGUGCAAAUAUCACCCACACAAUCAACGAAGAUGAACGAACCGAAUUUACCAGGCACAUCAACGCUGUGCUCGCUGGCGAUGAGGAUAUUGGCCACCGACUCCCCUUCCCCACCGAUACCUUUGAAAUGUUUGACGAGUGCAAGGACGGUCUAGUUCUGGCGAAGCUCAUCAAUGAUAGCGUUCCCGAUACCAUUGACGAGCGCGUGCUCAACAUUCCGGGCAGGAAGAUCAAGAAACUUAACGCCUUCCACAUGACCGAGAACAACAACAUUGUUAUCGAAUCCGCUAAGGGUAUCGGGUGUUCCGUAGUGAAUAUUGGUAGCGGAGACAUUAUUGAAGUGAGGGAGCAUCUUAUUCUUGGCCUUAUCUGGCAGAUUAUCCGCCGUGGUCUUUUGGGAAAGAUUGAUAUCAAGCUGCACCCUGAGCUUUACCGUUUGCUCGAGGAGGACGAGACUCUGGAACAGUUCCUCCGCCUACCUCCCGAGCAGAUCCUCUUGCGGUGGUUCAACUACCACCUUAAGGCUGCUGGGUGGCCCCGAAGGGUGAACAACUUCUCGACUGAUGUGAAGGAUGGAGAGAACUACACUGUACUCCUUGCCCAGAUCGGCUCUGAGUACGGCUGUAACCGUGAUCCUCUCCAAGUCCGAGACCUCCUUCAACGAGCCGAGUACGUCCUUCAGAACGCCGACAGGCUUGGCUGCCGUAAAUUUCUCACCCCCAAGUCACUCGUCGCCGGAAACCCAAAGCUCAACCUCGCCUUUGUUGCCAACCUGUUCAACACCCACCCCGCUCUCGAUCCGAUCACCGAGGAAGAGAAGCUCGAAGUCGAGGACUUUGACGCCGAAGGCGAACGUGAAGCCAGAGUCUUCACUCUGUGGCUUAACAGCUUGGAUGUGCAGCCGCCUGUGCAAUCCUUCUUCGACGACCUGCGAGACGGGACGGUCCUGCUCCAAGCAUACGAUAAAGUCAUUAAGGGAUCUGUUAACUGGCGCCAUGUUAACAAGCCCCCAUCUCAUGGGGGUCAAAUGAUGAAAUUCAAGGCCGUCGAAAAUACAAACUACGCUAUCGAGUUAGGCAAACAGAACGGUUUCUCCUUAGUCGGUAUCCAGGGAGCCGAUAUCACAGACGGUCAGAAGACUUUGACUCUUGGGCUGGUAUGGCAGCUCAUGAGAAAGGAUAUAACCGUUACGUUGUCGGCUCUGGCUCAGCGCCUCGGAAAGAGAGAAAUCACCGAUUCAGAGAUGGUUCGAUGGGCCAAUGACAUGUCACGCAAGGGUGGAAGAAACUCUGCCAUUCGAUCAUUCAAGGACCCCGCGAUCGGCACUGGCGUUUUCCUACUUGACGUUCUCAACGGAAUGAAGAGCAGCUACGUCGACUACGAUCUUGUGACCCCCGGACAUACCCCUGACGACGCCUAUCUCAAUGCCAAACUCAGUAUCAGUAUUGCGAGAAAGUUGGGCGCUACUAUCUGGCUGGUCCCUGAAGAUAUUUGCCAGAUUCGCAGUCGCUUGGUGACAACAUUCAUAGGUUCUCUCAUGGCGACGUACGAGAAGAUGUAG